AUGCAGUACCAGCCGCCGGGCGCGGCGCCGGCGGCACUGGGCGUCGGCGUCCCGCUGUACGCGCCCACACCGCUGCUUCAGCCCGCGCACCCCACGCCCUUCUACAUCGAGGACAUCCUGGGCCGCGGUCCCGCCGCCGCCCCGGCCCCUCACUCCCUACCAGCCCCGCCGCCGCCGACGCUGCCGUCUCCCAACUCCUCCUUCACCAGCCUGGUGUCCCCGUACCGGACCCCCAUCUACGAGCCGACUCCCAUCCAUCCGGCCUUCUCCCACCAUCUCGCCGCCACCUACGGCACUGGCGCCUACGCUGGGCCCCUCUACUCCUUCCCCCGCGCCGUCGGCGACUACGCACACGCUCUGAUCCGACAGGACCCCCUGGGGAAGCCGCUGCUGUGGAGUCCCUUCAUCCAGCGGCCACUGCACAAGAGGAAAGGGGGACAGGUCCGCUUCUCUAACGACCAGACCAUCGAACUAGAGAAGAAGUUCGAGACACAGAAAUACCUCUCUCCACCGGAGAGGAAGCGCCUGGCCAAGAUGCUGCAGCUCAGUGAGAGGCAGGUCAAAACGUGGUUUCAGAAUCGCAGAGCCAAAUGGAGGCGUCUAAAACAGGAAAACCCCCAGGCCACCAAAAAAGAAGAAGUGGAAGGUGCUGACAGUCACAGUGACCAAAGACCAGAGAGCUGCCCAACCCCUGAGCAGAAGGGUAAGGAGGUCUCCCUGGAUGGCUCACAGUACACCCCCUCACCAGCCUCACAGGAGGACCUGGAGUCAGAUGUCUCCGAGGACUCUGAUCAAGAAGUGGACAUUGAAGGCGAUAAAAGCUAUUACAACCCUACCCACUAAUGGCCCCAUGCAGAAAUUGGACACUGACUCAUCUUGCACUUCAUCAGGGGCUGAUUUGGAAGAAUAUUAAUGCUAC